CUGGAAGAAAUCAUGCGCACGAUACACAUGCAAUCCGCGCACGUGUUGCGUCUGUGUCGAGAAAAAAUUGCUCAGGUAGUGGCUGAACACACGGAUCAAGGCGUUAGUCAAGUCAUGGACAGCUUGGCUCGACUGUUUCGAUUGGACAAAACUAUGAUUUUUAAGGAAUUGAUCGGUCCAUUGUUCAUUACACUGGUGCUUCGCGGGAAUCAAGAAAGUCAUUUGCACAUACGCCAUUUGGUCAACGAAGUCCCUUAUUGCAGUUCUACACAAGACUACAUCAGCAAAAUCGUCCAACUGUGUGUUAUCCCCGAGACUUUGGUACACAUAUUCACUCGAACUUCUAAGGAGGAACAGGACGUGCAUUUCGCUUUUCUCGAAUCGCAUCUGAGCAUGUCUAUCGCACGGAUUGCCCGACUGAAUGAUGUGUCUCGCCUGAUGCAUCAAUUCGUGCUUCGUCUGUAUCCGUUUCGAGUCGGCGCAUCGCAUGGAUUACGUUGGAUCGCUUCUCAAGUGCUCACACGAAGCGAGUCACCUCCCGGAACGACGGUCUCAUUCGGUACAACCAAGGGACCCGCCGCGGCGGAUUUUCUCGGCCAUUAUGUGUGUGGUAUUCUGGCCUUCUUUGACAACACGCUGCUAGACGAUGAUACGAUGCUAGAACAUCGAUGGAUUGCGUUACGCAGUUUGGUCGUUUUCAUUCAACUCCUCGGAUCCGGGCACGUGACUCGGAUGCGUGCGAAGUUUAUGGCCACACUGAAGCUCGAAACGGAUGCGUUGUGCGAAUUACUCCCGGAUUUGGGUGCCACUUUGGUUUCUCUGUUGCCUUACGGUUCGGACCAAGUGACCGAUUUAUUCCACUAUCUAUUUUUAGAGAAAAAGGAUCAACUGAACGACCGUCUCGGGGCUCUGUUCUUUCUUCCACGGAUCCCUCAGCUGCUCACUUGUCAACAGAUCUUGGACGAUAUUUGUACCUGGCGAUCACUGUCCACGUUCGAUUUGUCUUCUCUGUCUGAGGCACAAUUAUGCCCACUUCUCUCGGCCUGGUUGUCCGCAUUGACACACGCCAGUCGUUCCGUUCGACGCCUUGCACUCACAGCCGAACAGAACACGCACAAUGUUGGUGACAGUGUCACCUUCACUGGUUCAUCUCGCCUCUGGGGUCUUCCGAAUCAAGUGUACGGGAACGCCGCUUCGACUGCAUCAGUCACCUACCCGAUGAACGAAGCAGACGCAUUGGACACGACACGUCGUGAAUCAGAUGUGUUGAAUGAGCAACAACUAUUGCCUCGGCAAAUGAGCUCGUCUGCACUUCUGGCUGACCUGAUCGCCGCGCUACUUGAGGGUCUAACCCGGGACACGGACACGGAAAUGCGGUUACUUUACGCCCAAUGGUUCGGUCAGUUGGGUGCGAUCGAUCCAAGCAAACUGUGCCCAUCGGUCACCUGCACCGUUUCGGGAACACAGCCCACGGUGAUUUAUGUCAAUGAUCGUCGUUUCCCGUUCUACAUACUCUGUGAAUUGGCCAAAAUCUAUUUGCGUGCGGCUAGCCCAAAACAGCUGGAUUCGACUGCCUUGGCUAUUCAAGAACUUCUAAAACUGUUCAAAGUACCCGAACACACAAAACCAGUUGGUGCUCUGCCCCGGAUCAGUUCAAAUAAUUCGAUGGAAACUGUCACCGCGGAUGUGGCGUCCCUCCCAUUUGUUGCUGGCGGAGAAUUAUGGAUUUUGUUCCCCGAACAUUUACGCGAUCUAUUCGCACCAUUGCUCACUUCACGGUAUGCCGUGGAAGCGUUUACGGACUGGACCACUGUGCGCUCACCCCUGAUCGUUAGCGAUGAAGAUAUGACGUUCGAAUCGUGGAUUCGUUUAUGGGCCGGAUCUUUAAGUGCACAUAUCACUUCCCAGCAUGCGUUUCGAAUUUUCCAAUUUUGCGAACCCGUGGUGAAAACGGAUGCGGGUUUCGCUCGGCUGUUGCUGGAGCACGCGGCACUACAAGUCCUGUUAGACGACGCCCAGAUUGGCAUUCAACAGUUACGAACGGAAGUAUUGGCCGUGUUGCAAGAAGUGUCCGACUCGGAUCCGGUCGAGGAGCUUGAGACCUCGUCCUCAAACGAUCUGGCAACCGCAUCUCUCGGGGAUUGGUCUUUGGUUGGUCAUGCUUUAAGCAGUAAGCAUCACUGCUGGAAACCUUGGUUCCCGUUGGCUGUACAAACCGUGUUUGGUCUGUUGGAUCACCUGGGUCGUUGGCAUCGGGAACAACAACUCGCUGCUGCCUCGUCCGCAACCAAACCUCAGACAGGUGCUCCAGCCACCGGUGCCCCGGUUGCUAAUAAGCCAUCAUUGUCUGAAACCGUGUCACCUUCCGCAGUAAAACGUGUGGGCGCAUUCCUCGCACAAAUUCCCCACCAGUUACAAGCUCGAGCUAGUCUGCGUUCCGGUGGUUUCGCGCGUUCUCUGCUACAGUGGGAGCUCGCUUACGAUGAGGACGCGGUCGCUCAACAAUCUGCGUAUACAACCGGAGUCGCACUGAUCCGGCGUUCCGCUGUCGCCCGGGUCACAGAGUUUGUCAGUCCACACACCUCGAAUGAGGCAUCUGGUGAUCCGGUAGGAAGCGUUGGUCCGGUCGCUCUUGCCGCAUUCGGAGGUCUGUUGAACACAUACACCUGUCUGAGAGACAGUGACGGUUUGGCUGGUGUGCUCGCUGUGAGUCAACUAGCCACCGGCAGCAUGCAGCUGAAAUCAGGCGAGAAAUCUCCUCCACCGAGGAUAAGUGCCGGAGACGAACGGUUUUCCACACUACGUGCUUUGGAAUUGGAGAACGAAGGUCAACUCGAUAUGGCUGCGGCCUCAUACGAGCACAAUCUGGCCCAUUGGGAAUUCGCCUCGAACACGCAAAUAGCAUCGACCCACACACUGGACCAGCAAGACAGUGCGAAUUCUCAUGAACUGACGGGAUCGGCGCACGAUCAACGCCUUGUUUUGUACGCGGGUUUGUUCCGUUGUGAACUGUCCGAUCCGGCCCGCUUACAUGGUUUGGUUGAACGGGCUGGAGCCUUAAUACGGCGACAUCCCUCGGGCGAAUCGGUAAUGAAACCGUCCGCGGCCCUAAAGAGCACCCAAAAGGUUUUGCCAUCCGCAACCAGCGCGGCUUGGACACGUCGGUUGAAUGCCUAUCGUGCAGAGGCCGCUUGGCGUCUGUCCGACUGGAACACACUGCGUGAAACCACAAGUUUGGAUCCAUCAGCUUCAUCGUGGUCCGUCGGUUUAGGCAAACUGUUUCUGGCUGUCAGCGAUCAGCGUCCAUCGGAUCGACUGCCGAUGUUGACUAAUCUUCGCACUGGCCUAAUGACAGAUUUGGGUGCAGCCGCUUUGGAGGGUCCCGGUGGGUAUGCCCGUGCCUAUGAUACCAUUGCCCGACUGAGCACGUUAGCGGAUGUGGAACUGAUUGCCCAACUGGGUGAUCUCGUGCAUCGACAACUAGGCAUAGGUUUCGAUCACAUGAUCAACAAUCAAGUGUUUGUACAAUUGCAGUCUCGCAUGGACGAGGUUCUAGCUUUGUUGGACGCGCGAAUCAAAUUGGCCCAGCCGACAUUCCACACGUUGGAGCCUCGUUUGGCCGCGCAACACACCGGAUUAAACUCGAUUUGGCUUGAAUUGCAAACAGCCACACGAUCUGCUCGAACCAAUUCACCGGUUGCCGGGUUGGUGACACGACUCCGGACCGCUCUCGGUCGGAACUGGUUGCAACGAGCCAAACUAACCCGAAAAUACGGUCAGUUUAUGGCAGCGUACACAUGUGUACUCCGUGCUGAGGCAUUCGAUGUACCCGAGGCCCUAAUCGAACGUGCCAAACUGUUAUGGCAAACGGAUAAACGUGAAGCGGCUCAAGCUUGUCUGGACAAUGGUAUCCCGGAGAUCUACGGUGAGGUCGUGUCCACUAUCGCCGGUGGUCCGGGCAAAACUGCACAACGACAAGCCCAGCCCGCAUUGUGGGCAGCUGCACAACAGGCACUGCUGUUGCGAGCCCGCUAUUGUGAGGAAACCAAUCGAUUUGACUUCGAGACCACACGUCGCAUGUAUGAAGAGGUGUGCGAGUUGACCGAGGGUUGUGAAGAAGCGCAUUUUCGCCUGGCGCGUUAUGUGGAUCGGGCCCAGUCGUUGACUAACAACUCGAAUCAGCAUGAUACAUUAUUGAAAGCAGCUCUGAAACACUACGGAUUGGCUCUAAGCUUCGGUAGUCAAUUCAUUUACCAGUCCAUGCCGCGACUGCUCUCGCUCUGGUUAGACUACGGUACAGACUACGCGCGACAUUACAGUUCGACUGGCGGGAAGGUAAACAGUGGAUCAGUGGAUCAUCGCAUCACAGCCGAUCAGCGAACAUUCCAGGAAGUUCAAGAGAUUAUGCGUCAGAACAUUAAACGCGUACCGGCCUAUCAGUACUAUACCGCGUUGGGGCAAGUGCUUUCACGUGUCUGCCACGAAGACCCCACUGUGGUCAACACAAUUAUCGAUCUGAUUGUGCGCAUUUUUGAAGCCUAUCCUCAUCAAACCAUCUGGUUUAUGAUGCCACUGAACAAUUCAGCUGUUCGUCAACGUCGAGAUCGCUGUCAACAGAUUUUCAAUACAGUCAAUAACUAUUCCCGUAUCCUGAUACCGAUUCAUCGUCAACUCGUACCCACACUGCCUGCGGCACGUUCCCGUUGCGAAGAUAUGCAACGUCAUUGGCCAUUCGGUGCCGGUUCAGAUCAUUCGGUCUAUCUGACCCGGAUGGAGGACAAUGUGGAUAUUCUGGGAUCACAAACGCGACCGAAAAAGAUGACUUGGCUCGGCUCGGAUGGAAGACGCUAUAUUAUUGUGGCCAAGCCUAAUGAUGAUUUGCGUAAAGACUCACGUCUGAUGGAACUGAACGGAAUGAUCAACAAGUUUCUGGCCAAAAAUCCGGAAACCCGUCGACGAGCUUUACAAAUUCGCACCUAUGCUGUAAUCCCACUCAGUGAGAAAGGUGGCCUGAUCGAGUGGGUCAGCAACACCGAACCGUUCCGCACGAUCAUCACUCGUCUGUACAACGAGGCCGGUCGACCGAUUAAUUGGGCCAAUAUGAGUCGGGUAGCACCGUUGCUCGAGGAUCCACUCCCGGUCAAACGGGACAAAUAUCUGAACAAAUGGCUACCCAUGUUUCCCUUGGUUUUUCACCGUUGGUUUUUGAACAUGUUCCCCAAUCCCAGCGCUUGGUACUCAGCACGAGAGUGCUACGCACGUACCUGCGCGGUGAUGAGCAUGGUUGGCUACGUGCUCGGCCUCGGGGAUCGACACACAGAGAAUAUUCUAUUCGAUUCGACCACUGGCGGUGUGGUCCAUGUGGAUUUCUCCUGUGUGUUCAAUAACGGAUUAAAUUUGCCCUGGCCCGAACGUGUCCCGUUCCGACUGACCCGAAACAUGGUUCGCGCUCUCGGUCCGACCGGUUACGAGGGGAUAUUUCGACGCUGUGCGGAAGCAGUCAUGCGAUUGUUACGUCACGAGGUCGAUCCAUUCUUGGCUGUGUUUCGUCCAAUCUAUUUUGACGCGCUAGUGGAACAGGGUGGUGGUGGUGGUGCUAAUGGUCGGGGACCGGCACAAUCAUCCGAUGCGGGUAUUGUCUUCAGUGAUAGUCAGCCAGUUAAUUUGGCCCGACAGUAA